AUGGCAGAAUACGAUCAAGCAAGCGCCGACAUUAGAAGUUUUCAAGACGUUUUGCGAAAGUUCCCUCCCAGGCCCAACAAAGAUGGAUACACCACCGAGCUCAGGGAUGUUCUAUGUGCGGAUUGUGACGCAAUUUUCUCGUCGAGGGCCGAGUUAGAGAAUCAUCGCUUCACCAAAUUCUGCCCCGGUGCAGCGAUACUGGUCCAUGUCAUGACAAGAGAUAAACUUAUCAAUAAGGGCUACAGAAUCGAGAAGAGACUGGUUCCUCUGGAAAGCUCUCCCCUACGAGUCCCCUGCGGCAAAUGUAAAGAAAUCUUCUCAAGUGACGAAGCGAAAGAAGCUCAUGAAAGCAUACAUGAAACACAUGAUUUCAUAUGCCUGCAAUGUGGUCAGAAAUGCGAUACUCCAUAUGAGCUGCGGCUACACUACGACUACCAUGAUGAUAUGGAGUUCCGACAAGCUCGAAAGGAAGUAAAAGCUGUUCACAAAAGAGCAUCUAGCCACCCGCAUACGGCAUCGUUUUCUAUCCCUUUGAGUCCCACCGAGAAUGUCAUGAGACGAGUGCACAAGCGGAAGUCCCAGAGACUUCUUAAUGCCUGGUCGCUGAAAAAAGCCGGAAAGGGAGAAGAUGGUGAGAUUGUUGCGGUUGCCUUCUCACUUCCGGAGGACAUGGAAAGAGUCCAUGCUGCAGAAGGCACACUCCAAAAUGUUGAGGCGGGUGAUGUGAUAGACUUCCCCAUUAAUCAGUUCACCACUUGGUUGGAUAUGAGGGAUACUGACGUAUGUAACGAGAAAGAGAACUUUUCAGAACAGUAUCGGUCGUCUUUGAACGAAAGCAAGGGUGCUUUAGCUCCUCGUCGAAUGUCCCUUCUCAAAUCCGUUUUUGGGCUGAAACUAUCGAAAAGACUGUCAAGGUCCGAUGCCUCAGCGAGUCAACCUCGAAAGUUAAUGAAGAAAGAGCACUCCGUGCGGUUUUCCUUUGUAUCAAAACCCAAGAGGAGUGCAGAAACCGCAAGAAGUGAAAGCCGUACCAGCAACAGAAUUCUCGAGCAGAUAGAUAACAGUGUCGAAAUAAGUUCACCUCGCUCACUCCAUGCCGGUGAAUACUACGCCAACCCGUUCAUCCACAUGCGGAUUACUCCGGAUGGCGCCAUUGUUGAAGAUUUAUCGGGAAGGCGACGUGUUCUUCAACUAGAGCAAAUUGCUUAUAUAUAUUCUAUUGUCUCUGCUGAUUCUUCACUUGCUACGCCGAGAUCUCAGAUUGAUUCCAUACAAUUCCGCGCGGAGAAGUGUGUGGAAGACGGACGUCUCAAAGAGGCUAUCGUGGCAUAUAAAGAGAUCUCGGAUAUUCUCAAUGAGCAUCCAGCGCUGGACACGAAUCUGCGAGCUAGAUCUGGAAUCUUGCAUCGGAUCGGUUAUAUAUAUAGCGCUCUUGGAAGGGCAGGAGAAUCGGAGCAUUACUUCCUGAAGGCGUUGGCCAUCUACCGGAGGUUAUACGGACGCGACCAACGCGUUAUAUACACGUUGCUGAACGACAUUGCUAAGCUGUGCGAGCGAGACGGGUAUGCGACAGAAGCGUCGGCUCUUUAUGAACGAGUGCUAGCCGGUAGGCUAAGGGUGCUGGGACAUAAUGACCCAGAGACGUUGAACUCUAUGCAAGAACUAGCCAGUAUAAAAUCCAAUCUUGGAGACCUGGAAUCAGCUUUGCAGUUGCUUGAAGAUGCUGUCCCUGCAUUUGAGACAGUUCUGGGCCUUCAAAAUGAAAACACAUUGGUUUCCAUGAGCAUUCUGUCCGUCCUUUAUCAGAAGCUUGGAUUGAACGAAAAGUCACUUGCAGUUUCACGGAAGAUGCUUCCGCACUGUAAAACUAUUGUUGGGUAUGACAGCUCCUUGACGCGCAAUACAGUCAUGAAAUAUCUUGAGGAUUCUGGGAACUUUGACUUCCCAACCGACCUCAAACAGAUCAUUGAUCACUAUCGCCGUUCCAAAUCUGCCGAGAGCUUUCGCGUAUUGCAAACUCUGGGAAGAGCAUACAUGGACGCUGGACUUAACCGAGACGCUUGCGAAGUAUUUUUAUCUCUUCUAGAUGAUACUAAUGGUGCAAAGGGACUGGACUCGUUGGAAUUCUUUGACGCGCUGAGUGCACUAUGUGUAGCUUUGGAACAUCUCGGGCAUUUAGACGAAGCUAUCAAGAAUUACGGACAGCUUUUGCAAUCAAUUCAGAAAACACCACUAGAUCAUCCAUCGCGGUCACGCAUGGACUAUGCCAGGAGCCGAGUGACGGAUUUAAUCCAUCGGCGAGAGGUAUUGACGGCCGAGAGACGCGCGUGGGAGAUGUUUGAAGACGGACCUUGUGUAUCAUGUCAGUCAAAUACAACGUCCCUGUGCAACACCUGCCACAUUGUCCGGUUUUGCAACGCUGUUUGCCAUGAGAAAGGAAGUGUGAAACACAAAUCAUCCUGCAUUCCGUCCGUGACACUCCGGGAAUCUAAAUCUGUUGCAAUCACUCCACGAUGCCCUCCUUCUGUGCAGAGUGAUGCGCUUCAAAUGAUUCUUCCCAGCGAGAGAGGUACCGCACCACCCAGCAUCACCGCGAGCCAUACUGUAUAUCUUGACCCUCGCAACUUCACCACGUUUCGAAUGAAACUGAGUUCCAACGUGAACACUCUCCUUGUGUUUUCCCCCGAAGCCGACAUCCGGUACACAAUCAUGGGAAAUAUUUCCGAGUCCGAAUCCGACCAAGCCACUUUACCAACAACUUCUUUUUCAAGAUUGGAAGGGAAAAAGCCAUUAAAUGUGACUUCUUCUACACUGGGGGGCCACCAGUGGCUCACUCCAUCUUCCCAGGAUUCAGUAUCAAUCACACCGAUGGAACAGACAGCUGCGAUUUAUCUAGUUGUGGCCCCGGGUGAACAGAUGAUGAAAAACUUGGUGGAGAAGCGGGUGCGUGCUCGCAGUGGAGGUGGAGAGAAGGAAUAUUUUGAAGCCCUAGACAUUCCGGAUUCAAAACUCAUCGAGUAUGCCCAGGGUUUAUCAAUGAAUGGGUAUAUGGGAGAAGCAUUUUUGUAUAUUGUAGGGUGGAUGUGA